GGCCCUUGGUACAGCUGUCCCGUGAAUACGUGGCUUUAGGCCUCUGCUGCUCGCUGUGUGCGUUCCUCGGCCUGUGAGGAGCGGGGAGCCGCCUCGCUGUGGGGCUGACAACUCCUCUGAGGCCCCGCCGUUCGGCACAGCUUCACUGCUAUGGGCGAUACAGAAGAAGCCCAAAUGCAGAUCAGCCCCGAAACUCCUGGGCGGGUCACAGUUCUGAAUCCUUUCGAAAGCCCCAGCGAUUAUUGCACCCUUCAGGAGCAGAUUGUCUCCAGUCCUUCCGUCUUCAAAUCAACAAAAUCUUCAUCUACACCAGGAAAAUUUAGGUGGUCUAUUGAUCAGCUUGCUCUAAUAAAUCCUGUGGAAAUUGACUCAGAAGAUAUCCGACGCCAAGCAAUGUAUUUGAGUCACGCUAGAAUUGAUAAGGAGACCGAAGAGAGGAGGCAAAAAGCAAUUGAGGAGUUUUUCACAAAGAGCCUCAUAGUUCCUUCUCCUUGGACUGAACAUGAAGGCAAGCAAGUUUCUCAGUUUAAUUCAGCAAAAUCUAUAGAUCUAAAUAACAUUUCUCCAAUUGGAAGACAGCUAACUUUGCCUGGGAAAAGCAAUGCUGCUUGUCAGACAGUACUGUCUUUGCCAGUGGAUUUUAAUUUAGAGAAAAUCCUAGGUGAAUAUUUCAGAACUGAUGAAAUUGCAGAUCAGUCUCAGGAGAAUCUGAGCUCUUCAUCACUCAGAAGAAAGCUGUUUUUGGAAGAAAACGGAAACAUAUCUGAAUGUUUGUCCCCCUCCUUGCAUAAUCCAUGCAGCAGUCAGCCGCUUGGAGUGCUUUGCUCAAUAGAUAUAUCUCCAGUUCGGUGCAGAAGCCCCCUGGAAACAUCUAGUUCUGGUCAGUUUUCAUCUAGCCCUAUUCAGGGAGGACCAAGGACUUACAGUCUGGGAAGUAUUACCAGUCCCUCGUUUCCAGAAGGGUCCCCUGCACGUAAUGGUUCUCCUACAUUUUCACCCAUUGCUUUUCACAUAAGACAUACACCACUGUCAGACCAAAGAAAACUUGCAUUUUGUUCUCCAGAUAUCCCUUCUGUUGCAAAUAGAAUGACACCUGCAAGUACAAGAAGUCCGUAUAUAGAUGGUUGUUCUCCAAUUAAAAACUGUUCUCCUAUGAGGCUUGGAGGAUGUAGAGGAACUGCCCAGUAUCAAACUUCGGUCAUUAGAAUACCAUUUGCUGUUGAAAAUCACGAUGAGGAUGAAGACAAGGAAAAUGCUUCUCUGGCAGAAGCACAGUUCCCAGAAAUCGAUAAUGGAAUAGACUUCUGUCAGCAAGAUGGCGAUACCUUUGUACCUGGUACACAUCUCGUCGUAGCAAGAGUGUCUAUUACACCAGAUCAUUCGGAAGCUUGUCAUCAAAGGCUGUCAUCCUAUCAGGAUAUAGAAGGCUUGAAGGAAAACAAUACUGUAGAUAUGGCUGAUGUAGCUGAAGUAUCAGAGAACACUUGGAUAAAAGAAACAGUUGGCAGUAGCAAUGCACCAAUGACCAGCUUUAUGACAGGGAUUACUUUCAGUAUUGAAAACUCACGCAUGUGCAUGUCACCUCUUGCAGAAAGUAGUGCAAUUCCAUGCGACAACAGUAGUAUUCAGGUGGACAGCGGCUACAAUACCCAGAUGUGUGGAAGUAGCAUCAUGGAUGCUGCGGGGGCUGAAAAUAGUUGCAGAGAGAAUGAUGUGAACACUAACGCACUUCAGACUAAAUCUCAACUUCCCAAAACAAAGGAGUGUUCUGUUUUAAACCACAAAGACAAUCAGUUGCUGGGAGCAAAAUCUCCAGAGAAGCAGUCCUGUUUCCAUAAAGUGAAAACGCAUCAUACAGUAUUUUGUCAAAAUGCAAGUUGCAACAUUUCUACCUGGAAACAUAAAAAUGAAAAUCAAAUUCAGGGAUUUCACACAAGUGCGAGGAUAACCAAUCCCAGGAUGCUGGAUGGAAAUACUGCUUCCAGUUCUGAGCAGCAGCCCAUGGAAAGGCCUGUCUCAAACUGACAAAUGCAUGGCUAUUGACGCACUAAGCCUGAAAUAGUUGGUCACGUCUAAGUGUUAAGGGGACUGAAAACAUUUUUAAAAAUUAAAUGUGAAUAUGAAUAGAAUUGCAUAGCAUUACAAAGCAGUGUAUUAGAACUGGGACUUCUGUGCAGCCAUUGUUUGAACUGAACAAUUCCUGAAAAACUUUCAUCAAUUAAACAGUAUUUGGUUUUAGUUCUUACAUUUCAAAAUCAAUACAUCCAAUUAAAAAAUAAUAAUAAUUAAAAAAAACCUUCAGGUUUCUAAACUGAACACAACACGCAAUAACAAUAACUUGUUCUUGAAGUAAAAAAAAAACAAAAAAAAACCAACAAAACAGUUCUGUACUGUGUACCUAUCACUAACUGAACCUGAUGUCCUGAGUGAGCUGCUUGAUAAACUUGAAGCAGUGCCCUGAUAAAAGGUGAACUGCACUGAAUCGAUAACUUCUACAGGAUUUUAUUUUUAAUAAAGAAUGAAGUUGGACAUGUGGGAAAUUAGUAUAUUUAAUAGGGCAUUCAAAAUGAGCUUCCGAUGAUGACGUUUGAAGCUCAAAGGCGAGACAACUUACAGUCAAUUUAAAAUAUAUUUAUUAUUUUAUGUCUUUUCUAUUUCUAAUGAUGAUUUUUAAGAAUAAUGAGUUGAAGUGGUGAAUUGUAGAUUUCUGGAAUGUGCAAAAGAUUUAUUUUUCUAAGUCUGAUCAAUAAAAAUAAUAGUAUGCAUCAAUAUAGGUAAGAAGCAGGGCUGUCCAUAUCAUAAUCCGUUUAUGAACUGUACAGUAGGUAUGAUUAAGACUUGUUUUCUUUUAAUUAAAACUUGUGAUUCUUUGUAGUGCUGUGUUCUGUGACCAGAGCUUUUUAAAGUAACUACAGAUUAAAACAAACACAAAAAUAAGUGUCAUCACUAAGUUGCCUGAUUGCACCAUGUAUGAGUAUUUCCUUAAAUGCAAGGGGAAGAUAACACCAGAAAUGGUUGUAUGUAUGAAAAUAAUUACAGACAUUCCUUUGCCCCAGUAAAAUGUUAUAUUCUGUCCUGUUUUAGACUUCAGUUAGAUCAAAAUUAUUUUAUGAAAACUUGCAUAUAUAAUUGUUUUGUAGAAGAAACCUACUGUACAAAUUAUCAUGGAAAUCAUUUGACCAUUCUCCUUCUGUAGUUGUACUUCAUGCAUAGGUUGGCACAUGUUGCACAAAACAGUCCUUGUUUACAUUAAAUAUUUUUUUAACAAGAGUCUUUUAACAUGAGUAGUUGUAAAUUGAGUAGUAAAACAGAAUAAAGACUUGCCUUCAAUACCUCA